CGGCGGCGGCGACAUCGCGCCGAGCCCGGGGCUGCGCUGGUCGGAGCGGUGGUUGUGCCAGCCCGUGCGCCCGGCGGAUCUGUCCUGGCGCUGCGUCUCUCUUGCAGGCGGGAGAGCAGGGAGAUGUUUGCCGUCUGCCCACCCGCUGCCCCGGCAAACGCCCCGUUCCGGCAGGGCCGGGGGGGCCCAGCGCUGGGCUCGGGUGCCCCGGGGGCCGGGCAGGGGCAGGACUCCAACUCCAACUUUGUGGGAGAGGUGUGUGACAGCAACGAGAACUGGAGCUGGCCCGUGCCGGGGUCCCUGCCGGAGGAGGGCUCCAGCCGGAGUGAAAACACAACAAAUCCGUCCGAUAAUCUGCAGUUAUUAAUGCAGAGACAGAUGGUCCAGGGCCGGCGCAGGGACACCGCCCUGGGCCUGGGCGCCGUGCGGCCGUGUCCCCCCGAGCCUGGGGUGCGCAGCCCCCCCGAGGGAGCCGAGGUCGGCGGGGCUGGGGGCCAAAACCCUGCCGAGGAGCCGGCGGGGGGCUGCGGCAAGCCCCCCAGCUCCCCUGCCGAGGACAACGGCUACGCCAGCAGCUCCCUCAGCAUCGACAGCCCCGACAGCACCUGCGGGAGCUCCUGGGAUGCCCCUGCUGCUGCCCCCUGCCCCGGGACCCCCCCCCAGCCAGGGGUGGCUGAGCCCGAGCCUGGGACCCUCUUCCCGGCGCUGGCGGAGGCCGUGCAGCACCUGCAGGACCAGGAGCGCUUCAAGGAGCGGGAGAAGGAGAAGCACCACAUCCAGCUGGUGAUGUACCGGCGCCUGGCCCUGCUGCGCUGGAUCCACGGCCUCCAGCAGAAAGUUGUGGACCAGCAGAACCGGCUGCAGGAGAGUUUUGACACCAUCCUGGACAACCGCAAGGAGCUCAUCCGCUUCAUGCAGCAGGGCCCGGCCUGCCUGGCCGGUGCGGCCGCCCCCAGCCCCUGAGCUGCGGCUGGCACGGGGCUGGCUGCUGGCAUCUCCGUGCUGGGCUCCUGGGAGCCUGCCCUGUCCUUCCCAUCUCUCUCCAAAGCAGCUGAGAGCCCCCAGAGCGUUCAUCUUUGUUUUCCCUCUGCACAGGAACUCAGUCCCUCUGCACCGUGUCCCACCGGCCUGAGGACUGUGCAGCUUUGGGCUGGGUGGACCUCAGGACCUUGGGGUUUGCUCAGCCUGGCUCAUGUUUUGAAUCUAAUUUACAGCCCUUCGUAUGAGUCCAGCUGAGCCACGUGUGCUGGGAUGGGCCCUGCACUGAGCUCCCAGUGCUGGAGCAGUGGGUGCCCACCUCAUCCCCCGCAUCCCACCCACACCAGUGGGCAUGUGUGGAAACAACCCAGCCAUGGUUCAGCAUCUCUUGUGCUUUCAGUGUGAGCAGGGUGCCCUGAGCUGAUCCUCAGGUGUCCUGAGCUGUUCCUUGGGUGUCCGGAGCUGUCCCUCAGGACUCGCCCCAGUGCAUCGCCUAAUGACCACAUGUAAAAUCUUGGCAGAUAACAUCUAAACUCAUGCAGAGAAAUGGGGAGAGAGAGAGAAAAUAUUUCUGAAAAGUGAUCUCAGAGUGCUUAACAAUAAAUUUAAGUGUCAGCCGAUUGAAACCCAAUAGAUAUUUUUUAGACUCAGUAUUAGAGAAUAAUUAAUUUAGAUUUUUCCUGACAGUCAGUGUGUGUGUGUGCACAUCUGUCUGUUGUGGGAGAUGCUCUAACCCAGUGCAUGACCAGGGAGCUGCUUGGUGCUUAUAUUGUGCUGUUGGUGUUAUAUAUUAAUUUAUCAUUCAAAAGCAAAGAGAGUAUUUUUUUGCUAAUCUACAUUUUAUCCAGUGCAGACUGCAUACAGAACACAAAGAACAGUCUCCUUAAGUAGAGAUUGCAAAGGAGAAGCUGUGUGUGUUUGCUGUGUCUUACCAAGUGCUGCUGUGCCAUGUGUUCCAGUUCAGUUGCUGAUGUGCAGAGCAGCAGCGGGUGGUUUGGCAGGAGCCGGGGGCUCCCCGUCCUGCCCGUGCAGAGCCAGGCUCUGAUUUCAUUGCUUGUCUGCAAACGGAGAGUGGUGAGUGGUGUCCCAGGUGCUGCGUCCCCCCAGCCAGACUUCUUCCAGCCAUCAGAGGAGUGGAGCUAAGAGGUGGCUGUGUUUUUGCCAGGACCCUUCCAGAACCCCUCUGCCACCCACCAGUGGACGCUGCUGCAUGAAAACCAAACCAGCCCUGGGCCCAGCAGCCUGACUCUAUUCCCACCUAGGGCUGUUGCCAACUGAUAAAUGGGGAGAUCUGCAAAACUUGGCUUCUGAAAAGGACAUUUCUGUGGCAAAGGGGACCCUUGGCUCUGAGUGGCCUGUGCCAGGGGCCGAGGCGUGCGGUAGCAUCCCUGCCCUCCUGCUCGCUCCUGUCUCCUACCCCAGACCUGUGAUUGUGGGCAUGUUGCACACCUCAAUAAAAGCCUUAGAGGUGAAAGAGCUGAGCCUUGAGUGUAUCUUU